UUUACAAUAAAUUGCAAUUAUGCAAAUUGUGCGAGUCGAAUGUUUUGGAGCCGUAGCUCUCCAAACGGCCAAAGAUGCCAGACAUUAAUCAUGGCCAGCAAUUAGCAAUUAUUUAUAUUGACGGGGCGUGUCAAUAUCUGGGCAAUGAUAAAUGAUUUUGGCAUUUUUUUGUGCACUAAACUCCAGCCCUGACAAAAAAUAGUCGUACUUGGUAUCGAUUUAAAUCGAUGCGAUUAAUCGUAGGUCAAGUUCAGAACUUAGUUGGCCUUGCGUUUGUAUUAUCUGGAAAAUAAAAAUAGGUUGACUCCUUUAUAAUUAAAACAAAAAUGAAAAUUAAGGCUGAUAAACUGAAGAAAGUUGACUCGUCUGCUAAAGACUCAACGAAAUCACCUGAUUUUCAAAGGAAGAUGAAGAAAAAGGCUAAACAAUUCCAAAAAGUUCGUUUGUCUGCUAAGGACCCAUCAAUUUCGCCUGACUUACAGCUUAAAAAUAAACAGAAGUCUCUUAAGAUGGCGCCCUUACUGAAGCCCGUUCGCAAUGGUAUUUCCUCAGGAUUUGGAUUCAUGUGGUAUUCGAUCAACAUGUGCCUACUGCCCAAGGUCCUUUCAAACACUUUAGAGUUUAUCCACCACCCGAAGUGGAACACCAUUUUUCUUUUGACGUCGCCGCAGAACUUUAUGAGCUAUAAAGCCCGCUUCCCGAUGACUUCUAUUGUGACGGUGGUACCUGCCUGUGGCACCCAGACGGUCACCCAGACGGUCACCCAGACGGUCACCCAGACGGGCACCCAGAUGAGAACCCUGAAGGAAAAAAAACCAAAUUGCGCAAAGAGUACGGAAAAGGCGAUUAGAAAACGAUAACUG